ACGAAAAUGACUUCUCUAACCUAAUGAUCAACAUAACCAGAAACACCGAGUUGGCGGACUCGACAGCAAAACCCGGUAUUACGAUGGAGUACGAGGUCACCAUACUGCUGCCUAAAAUUACCACGGCAAUGCAACUGGUGGUGGAGUUGUUUGGCAUGGAUCCCAUCUCCGGCUACACCGCCUUCGCCCUGUGCGACCUCCAGGUGAUCAGCAUCGGCUCAAAAAUCACCACGGAGGGCGGGGCACCUCUUACUCCUGACCUGGUCACCACGACGAUGAUACCAGGAGACGACUACAACCAUGUGAACAACAGAGCUAACGUCGAUUUCGGCAAGAUUCUGAACACGGACACGUACAGUAAUGUCCACACGAACUUCACUGACAGCACUAUCAUCAUAAACUUCUCGGUCAUGCUCAUCCUCAACCCCCUGUACAACAACGAGGACGCUAUCAUUACCGUGGGAGCGCAGUAUGACAACGAUAACUUCGUGUAUGUAGGCACGGACAAGUUCGUCUACAGCAUGAUAGAGGAUGCCUACACACCCAAAACCACCCUACUGACUCCGGCCACCACCAUAGCACAGUAUAGCGGCGCCACCUUCGUGCUCGACACCUACUUGUACCACCCCUUCACUGACGUUCUAUUCCAGGCCUUCAUCUCCAGCCCAAGUUAUGACGAUUUCACCAUCUCCAACAUCGGCGUCAUUAUCAUGGGCUCUAAUUUUGGCUGUUCAGGAGCCUCGAAAACUACUUACUAUCCGUCCAUCACCAACAUCACAAACUACAUGGGCGAAUACAUCAUUCAUCUACGCACUACUGGUCUAACUUAUCCGUUAACCAGCACAGAUUACCACGACAAUGCUGACUUCCAAAUCCAGUUCUUCUUCACUGUAUACGCCAUGAACGCCGUGGAGGGUACCACAGUGGACAUAGAUAUAGGGUUUGUCGUGGGGACUACCUCCAUAUACACAAACACUGCCACCCUCACCGUCACGGCAGGAGUGUCACCGCCAGUAGCGUCUUUGGCAGGAUCUUGGAGCUCUGUUACAGCAAUCACUCCAACUACUGUGGAGGAAGGCCAGACAGUUACCUGGACCGCCACCUUCACGAUGGACAGCGGGGCAAACGUGGAAGUCACCUGCACACUAACAGACGACGGCGGAAACAAGGUGUGCGGCAUCGGGUAUGGGAAGGUUGGGGCCAACAUCGCAUUUGUUCCCGUGCUGAGCCAAUACUUGGACUUCACAGCAGACAAUUCAGUCACCUUUACUCUCUUCUUCAACUCUACGGGAAAGGUUCUCAACGCAAGUGCUGACUCCGUGGAGUUUGAAUUCUCUGUCAAGGCCGACGUAUCCUCAGCUGCCAUUUCCAUUUCAUGUCCCACAGCAGGGACGCCCCUCAGUGAAGCAGCUCUCUCUGCCAGUACCAUUACACCCUCCACUGGAAACACAGACUUAAAUGCCUGGAUGGAUCUUAUAACGCCCCAAAGCGACAUUUGGUACGACGGCUCGCAGAUGGGCCUACUGGUGAAACUCUCCUUUCCGGCUGGGGGAACACCUUAUAGUAACCUGGUUAUAGAGGGUGUCGGAAAUGUGGAUGAAACGGCAUGGGGCGCUCGGACCUGUGGAGGCAAGUUGGUCAGCGCGGGGAAGGGAGUGCCGUGCCUGGCAGGCCAUCAGUAUACCAUUAAUAACAACGGCGUGCAGCUGAUUGACUCGCUACUGGGACGACCCUUUGUGGACACUGGUAAGAUAACGUUGGGUCCCGCCUGCGGCACCGUGAGAACCAGUGAUACUACAGACGCCGACUACGAGGCGGCCAUCGAGCUGUAUUUCGACAUGCCGCUAGGACAGUCAAACUUUCUAGCCGGGGCCUACAAUUUAAGUAUAGGCGUGAACAUGGACGACCAACUCAUCUGGACGGGAUGGGAUUUAGCACAGUUGGAUGCAGGGCCACCCGCUUAUGAUACCACUGCCAUCUUACACUACGGCAUUCUCUCUGGCAGCGUGCCGACCAUCGACAUAGAACUUGGUGUACCGCACUUUAUUGAGGUGCUGCUAAGGUUGAAGCCCGAGAGCGUGAUGUUGUACAAGAUCACUGCCAAGGUGAGCAACCCGGACGUCCUCGGUCUGUGCCGCAUCAUGGUCAUCCAUGCGGGUAACAACUUCCCGUGCCUGGAUAAGAAUCCUUAUGACAACGAGGGCGAGCUAUAUCCAACUAUUAGUGUUACACACGACAGUGACUGGAGCCUCAGUGCCACACUAGAUCUCGGUGUGCUCAAGAACCUCGGAAACAGCACCUAUGUUACUGACGUCAUCGUGGACGACAAUUCCAUAGUGGUGGGUGUGAUGGUGAAGGGCGUGGUGGCGGGCACUGACACACUCACAGUAACACUGGACAGCUCUGGCACGACCAGCGUCCUCACUCAGGAUCUCACCGUGGGCUCCGCGAUCACGUCGAAUCUUAACCUCGUAUCCGUGACUCCUGUGCCUGUGGACGGGACAUCAAGUGCGUACGAAGGAGUCAUGAAGAUGGUGGACUUCGUGGUGGAGGUUCCUGAGGGAUACAAAAACACGCUGAAAGCCAUCAUCACCAACACCGCCGUGACGGACAUGGCAGUGUGCUUCGGGGCCUUGGUGGCAGUCGGCCAGAACCUUCCUUGCGUCAUUGCUGGUAAGAUAGAGGGUAACAUGACGGAGGUGUCGCCUACAAGUGAGGUGUACGAGGUAGACAUAAAGGAAGUGUGCCAGUACCCUUUUUACGAGAACCAAACAGAAAACCAGCUUUUCCUACGGAUUGGGGUGGUGUUCCUGCCCAAUAGUGGUGAUACGGCCACCCUCUCGCUGGUGAUACAGGAGGGUGGUAUCGAUCUUGACCCCGUCACAUAUCAGCUUGACAAGCUGAGUGGGACAUUCAGUGGUGUGACUGACGAGACAGGGAUGCAGCUGGAGCCUCUCAUUGAUGUGGACACAGUCACCCCCGGGAUGCAGUUCUGGACUGGUGUGAACCUGACGUUGCCCAAAGACAUCACCGUCAAUGCUGAGUUCGCAGUCAUGACGCCCACUGAGGCAGGGAGAGCAAUCGCCACAGUGCACGACUUCAGGAUACCAGCUGAGGGUGCAGGCAAGAACAUCGGGUGCAUACUAUCGGACCAAACGUUGUACUCACGCCUCCUCUCUCACAACGCCUCGAACGCCCCGCCAAUAAUACACGAAUCUCAGACUGAUACGAUGAUUGUCAACCUCAACGCUUUCACCAAUACAGGUAUAACAUACAUACACAAUAAGCAAGUUCCUGAGGACGAUCAAGUGCACCUAGAGGCUUUCAUCAUCAUAGCAGACCAUCCUAACGUGCUCGAUGGCAACACAAUCACUAUUCACUUCUCUCUUAAGACUGAUAACAUAAUCUAUGUUGCUGCAAAGAACUUCAUACUGAGCAAGGCAUCGCAAGUCACGGUGCUCAUCUCGGAGGUGCAGCUCACCGAUAACACCACCACCGUCUUCGAACAAGGUGACUUCAUUCCCCUCACCUUCCGAGUGAGGCACUUCAUGAACGAGUCCACGCAGGAGGUAAACACCGCCUGCGCGCGGAUCAUCACACCUCAGUACCUCAUGUACGUGGAAGGUGACAACAGCUUGAUCGCGAAUGUCACCGGCGCCGUCACCGUCUCGAGCUAUUUGGAGUUCUGUUUUGACUUUCUCUUGUUCACCGACAUCAUCGAAGGGAACUUGACGCUCACUGUGGAUCCCAACGAGGAAAUGCCACCUGGUCUUGGACAAGUGAAGGCGACGACACUUCUCAGAAUUGUGGGCAAUACUGCUACAGAUGCCACUAUCAAGUACUUUGGGAAGACCGCCUAUGUUGUGUACGAAGUGAAUAUCCCUGACAUCACUGACCCGCUGGGCCUGGGGGAUUUGCAGGCCUGUCAAUUUACUGCCUCGGCUUCCUUGGAUGAGAGCACCAUGCCAGCAAUGGCUAUGCCCGGAUCUGGUGGAGGAUGGAGUCCCCCGGUAACAGUGGGGGCGUCCUGGAAACACUACAUCACCAUCGAUUUCCUCAAACGGACGCGGGUAACGCGCAUAGACUUUGAGGAGGUCACAGGCAAACUCAGCAUCAAAACCUUCAGCCUUCAAUUCUCUCAGUCAGGCAUCAUAUUCUCUGGAGAUUGCCAGCGGGAUGCCAGCAGCCAAGUGGUUCUUCCAACUGAAUGCCUUUUUGAGGGGCGCUUCUUCCGUGUGUUGGUGGAGACCGUCAGCCAAGGAUUGGGACCGGGAGGAACCGAGGUGGAGGCAGAGUCAGGGAUCCUCAGCGUAAGGUUUGCAGAAUGGUACGGUGUCUACAGAGAUGGAGAUCUCGCCUCCUGCGCCACCAACUUUCCGACGCUUCUCUCAGAUAGGCCAGAGCACUGGAGGAACGUCGCUUAUGACACAGCUAACAAGGUGUUUUAUGCUUGUGACAUCACCGUGAAGCGCGAGGUGAAGGGACCCAAGAUGGUGUGUCUCUCCUCUCCGGAUGGCGACACUUGGACCGUUCUACCGUCAUAUGUUACGCGACUGGUGGGCUUCUACGAAUCUUAUGGAGGCAUGUGUGCUGCGAGCAAGUCGGAUGCUGCCGUGGUGUGCAGCAAGGACGGCAAGAAGUGGAACAUCAUGCCAAACGUCGACCAUGCUGACAUCCUGGCCAAUGCGGUGCCACCGACAGCCGUGCCCGGCUUGCCCGAAAGCGAACUUCAAGUCACUAAUUUCGAAACUUGGUCAGUUGACUUCACGGGGGUGUCUAAGGACGGGAAUCUCCGCGCCAAGUGGACCAACUGUUGCAGUUAAGUGGCUAAGUCCAUCACCACCCCAAGGCGGCAGACACAGUAACGUCGCUUACAAAUAGUUCCGAGCACCACAACAAGAGAUUUUAUAUAUAGUAACAUACAUGUAUAUCCUGUGUUUCAACACAUCCCCCUUACACACCAAUAAACAUUCAGUAUAUUCCAGUUUUAGUAAUAAAUAUGAAUGAUUCGGUAGCAAAAUUAGUUGAAGACAUAACUAUCACUUGCUCUAUGUUUUGAGAAGUUUCGCCACAAAGAUUUUGUACGAUUUCCAUCCUUCUAGCUACAUCUCUCAUUCUGUAUCCGCGUCCUCUCUUCAUUACGUUCUCACUGCCUCCAGCUGUCUUCACUACCCCACCAGGCGAUGCAGAGUGUGAUGCUCUGUACUGUCAUUGUUGUUCUGCUGAUGCUAACAAUCAUGCUGCUUUUCUUUUAAUGAUGACGUGUCGAGAAGAAGACUGGGUUGAAUAUAGCUUUGUUGUAGUUAAUCCAAUUAUAAUUCAAA